AUGGUUUUACGAAGUGUUAGAACAGGUGUUCUCAUCUGCCUUAUUUUAGCCCUCUCCGCCAUGGUGAUACUCAUAUCACAUGUGAUCUCGGGAAGGGGAACUUCGCUACCUUGGUUCUACAAAACCUCCCAAGUCUCAGUUAGCAGCCACAGCACCGCAAGACCUGUGACAAACAAAGAGAUCUUAGGGAGAACAAAGCACACCCCAGAUACCUCAAGCAGCCACAGCAUCGCAAGACCUGUGACAAACAAAGAGAUCUUAGGGACAACAAAGCACACCCCAGAUAUCUCAAGCAGCCACAGCACCGCAAGACCUGUGACAAACAAAGAGAUCUUAGGGAGAACAAAGCACACCCCAGAUACCUCAAGCAGCCACAGCACCGCAAGACCUGUGACAAACAAAGAGAUCUUAGGGACAACAAAGCACACCCCAGAUAUCUCAAGCAGCCACAGCACCGCAAGACCUGUGACAAACAAAGAGAUCUUAGGGACAACAAAGCACACCCCAGAUACCUCAAUAAGUGUGUUCGUAAGGAUGUCUGGCAAACGACCAGAUCACAGGCAGCGUUAUUUGUGUAACGUUUUCAGGACUUCCGUUCUCUUCUGGCCUCCUUCCUUUGGAAAUUUAGUCGUAGGACUUGAUGAAGAAUCACACGAGGAUCAUGAAUUUGCCGAAAAAUUAAAAACACUUGCCCAAAAAUACUUUCCUGAUCGUAGACUUGAAUUCUUUUAUGAGGCCCUUCCAAAGGACAAAGGAACUCUGGAGUUUCAAGGCUCGCCUAAGACACCCGGUUAUAACAGACAACUUUGGAGCAGUUUUUUCAUCGACCUACUUUCAAAUGACACCGUCAUUGCUUGGAUGGACAGUGACUCAGCCUUUUUUACCCCAGUAACUAAGUCCACAAUUUUUAAUGGGACAAAGGUACGAGCCUUAGGCUCCGCCUGCACAUUCUACAGGAGCUGGGUAUAUAACUGGGCAGAUACUACUAAACGGGCGCUAGGAUUACCAUUUGUCGCUGAUUUUAUGACGUAUUUUCCGGUAUAUAUGUACCGAGACACGGUCACUCACUGCAGAGAGCAUAUCCUAAAACAUUUAAAUACAAAUAACUUUGAGGAAGCCUUCAGAAAGUUUUACACGACUUUUAUCUCUCCAGUCAGCGUCAUCCUCUCUUAUGCAUGGUACUUUGAGAGAGAUCGCUAUGACUGGAAUUUUGAAAUGUGCGAUGACCUAAAAGAAUAUAAUAAAAGAUUUCCAAGUGGCCACACCAUUAGGCCCGAAGAUAUAGAAACUGUUCUUUCCGAGCCUCAAACAGGUUAUCAUGGUAACGCUGGGUCGGCUUUCAACGAAAAUGUCUUUACCAGUUAUUGCUUAUCACACAAAGCAGCAGGAAAUAAUUUGGAUAUAUGUUCUAAUCAUUCCGCGUCGCCAAGCAAUAAUUUACUCUUUUUUGUCCACGAUCUUCAGGGAGGUGUUGAUAAGCACCCAUGUAAAGGUGACCUUACCAAUACCUGUUUGCAAGUUCUAGAGCGACAUUAUAACCAAGUCGGACUUGAGAUAAAACAAGGCCGUAAGCUAGAAUGGAGCAGUUUAGAAACUGCCGAUACGCUUGCCAGCGAAUUUGGUAUAACAUGUCCGCCGAUUAAAGUUUGA